CUUUUCUAAAGUGGAGCAAAGGAGUGGAGCAUGAUGGACUGCAGAGAUAGGCUGUAAAACUAAGCUUGAAAGUGGAGCAAAGCGUGGAGCAUGAUCCGGGUGUUAAGCUUGAGCGCCGCAUUGUUCACUGAAAGUGAAAUGCUGAUUCUAAUUGAGAGAAGCACACAGGAGCAUGUUCAAAUAGCUCAUUUGGAGCCUGUGUCAUCGCUUACGGCCAUACCACCCUGAACACGCCCGAUCUCGUCCGAUCUCGGAAGCUAAGCAGGGUCGGGCCUGGUUAGUACUUGGAUGGGAGACCGCCUGGGAAUACCAGGUGCUGUAAGCUUUUCUUUUCUUUUCUUGCAUCUUUGCCGUGUUCUCUCUCCAAGAGGCUAGGAUAUCGGUCUUUGGGGAGCCUGGUCUUUUGCUUGGACAAAUGCAAGUGCACUUGGAGAUUAGGCUGAACAUAAAAUGAAAGAAAAAGUCAAAAAGCACAAAGAGCGGGAGGACUGAGAUCUUGUCCUAAAGUGGAGCAAAGGAGUGGAGCAUGAUGGACUGCAGAGAUAGGCUGUAAAACUAAGCUUGACUGCGUAUCCGGGUGUUUUCUUGAGCGCCGCAUUGUUCACUGAAAGUGAAAUGCUGAUUCUAAUUGAGAGAAGCACACAGGAGCAUGUUCAAAUAGCUCAUUUGGAGCCUGUGUCAUCGCUUACGGCCAUACCACCCUGAACACGCCCGAUCUCGUCCGAUCUCGGAAGCUAAGCAGGGUCGGGCCUGGUUAGUACUUGGAUGGGAGACCGCCUGGGAAUACCAGGUGCUGUAAGCUUUUCUCUUCUUUUCUUGCAUCUUUUUGCCGUGUUCUCUCUCCAAGAGGCUAGGAUAUCGGUCUUUGGGGAGCCUGGUCUUUUGCUUGGACAAAUGCAAGUGCACUUGGAGAUUAGGCUGAACAUAAAAUGAAAGAAAAAGUCAAAAAGCACAAAGAGCGGGAGGACUGAGAUCUUGUCCUAAAGUGGAGCAAAGGAGUGGAGCAUGAUGGACUGCAGAGAUAGGCUGUAAAACUAAGCUUGACUGCGUAUUCGGGUGUUUUCUUGAGCGCCGCAUUGUUCACUGAAAGUGAAAUGCUGAUUCUAAUUGAGAGAAGCACACAGGAGCAUGUUCAAAUAGCUCAUUUGGAGCCUGUGUCAUCGCUUACGGCCAUACCACCCUGAACACGCCCGAUCUCGUCCGAUCUCGGAAGCUAAGCAGGGUCGGGCCUGGUUAGUACUUGGAUGGGAGACCGCCUGGGAAUACCAGGUGCUGUAAGCUUUUCUCUUCUUUUCUUGCAUCUUUUUGCCGUGUUCUCUCUCCAAGAGGCUAGGAUAUCGGUCUUUGGGGAGCCUGGUCUUUUGCUUGGACAAAUGCAAGUGCACUUGGAGAUUAGGCUGAACAUAAAAUGAAAGAAAAAGUCAAAAAGCACAAAGAGCGGGAGGACUGAGAUCUUGUCCUAAAGUGGAGCAAAGGAGUGGAGCAUGAUGGACUGCAGAGAUAGGCUGUAAAACUAAGCUUGACUGCGUAUCCGGGUGUUUUCUUGAGCGCCGCAUUGUUCACUGAAAGUGAAAUGCUGAUUCUAAUUGAGAGAAGCACACAGGAGCAUGUUCAAAUAGCUCAUUUGGAGCCUGUGUCAUCGCUUACGGCCAUACCACCCUGAACACGCCCGAUCUCGUCCGAUCUCGGAAGCUAAGCAGGGUCGGGCCUGGUUAGUACUUGGAUGGGAGACCGCCUGGGAAUACCAGGUGCUGUAAGCUUUUCUUUUCUUUUCUUGCAUCUUUUUGCCGUGUUCUCUCUCCAAGAGGCUAGGAUAUCGGUCUUUGGGGAGCCUGGUCUUUUGCUUGGACAAAUGCAAGUGCACUUGGAGAUUAGGCUGAACAUAAAAUGAAAGAAAAAGUCAAAAAGCACAAAGAGCGGGAGGACUGAGAUCUUGUCCUAAAGUGGAGCAAAGGAGUGGAGCAUGAUGGACUGCAGAGAUAGGCUGUAAAACUAAGCUUGACUGCGUAUUCGGGUGUUUUCUUGAGCGCCGCAUUGUUCACUGAAAGUGAAAUGCUGAUUCUAAUUGAGAGAAGCACACAGGAGCAUGUUCAAAUAGCUCAUUUGGAGCCUGUGUCAUCGCUUACGGCCAUACCACCCUGAACACGCCCGAUCUCGUCCGAUCUCGGAAGCUAAGCAGGGUCGGGCCUGGUUAGUACUUGGAUGGGAGACCGCCUGGGAAUACCAGGUGCUGUAAGCUUUUCUCUUCUUUUCUUGCAUCUUUUUGCCGUGUUCUCUCUCCAAGAGGCUAGGAUAUCGGUCUUUGGGGAGCCUGGUCUUUUGCUUGGACAAAUGCAAGUGCACUUGGAGAUUAGGCUGAACAUAAAAUGAAAGAAAAAGUCAAAAAGCACAAAGAGCGGGAGGACUGAGAUCUUGUCCUAAAGUGGAGCAAAGGAGUGGAGCAUGAUGGACUGCAGAGAUAGGCUGUAAAACUAAGCUUGACUGCGUAUCCGGGUGUUUUCUUGAGCGCCGCAUUGUUCACUGAAAGUGAAAUGCUGAUUCUAAUUGAGAGAAGCACACAGGAGCAUGUUCAAAUAGCUCAUUUGGAGCCUGUGUCAUCGCUUACGGCCAUACCACCCUGAACACGCCCGAUCUCGUCCGAUCUCGGAAGCUAAGCAGGGUCGGGCCUGGUUAGUACUUGGAUGGGAGACCGCCUGGGAAUACCAGGUGCUGUAAGCUUUUCUCUUCUUUUCUUGCAUCUUUUUGCCGUGUUCUCUCUCCAAGAGGCUAGGAUAUCGGUCUUUGGGGAGCCUGGUCUUUUGCUUGGACAAAUGCAAGUGCACUUGGAGAUUAGGCUGAACAUAAAAUGAAAGAAAAAGUCAAAAAGCACAAAGAGCGGGAGGACUGAGAUCUUGUCCUAAAGUGGAGCAAAGGAGUGGAGCAUGAUGGACUGCAGAGAUAGGCUGUAAAACUAAGCUUGACUGCGUAUCCGGGUGUUUUCUUGAGCGCCGCAUUGUUCACUGAAAGUGAAAUGCUGAUUCUAAUUGAGAGAAGCACACAGGAGCAUGUUCAAAUAGCUCAUUUGGAGCCUGUGUCAUCGCUUACGGCCAUACCACCCUGAACACGCCCGAUCUCGUCCGAUCUCGGAAGCUAAGCAGGGUCGGGCCUGGUUAGUACUUGGAUGGGAGACCGCCUGGGAAUACCAGGUGCUGUAAGCUUUUCUCUUCUUUUCUUGCAUCUUUUUGCCGUGUUCUCUCUCCAAGAGGCUAGGAUAUCGGUCUUUGGGGAGCCUGGUCUUUUGCUUGGACAAAUGCAAGUGCACUUGGAGAUUAGGCUGAACAUAAAAUGAAAGAAAAAGUCAAAAAGCACAAAGAGCGGGAGGACUGAGAUCUUGUCCUAAAGUGGAGCAAAGGAGUGGAGCAUGAUGGACUGCAGAGAUAGGCUGUAAAACUAAGCUUGACUGCGUAUCCGGGUGUUUUCUUGAGCGCCGCAUUGUUCACUGAAAGUGAAAUGCUGAUUCUAAUUGAGAGAAGCACACAGGAGCAUGUUCAAAUAGCUCAUUUGGAGCCUGUGUCAUCGCUUACGGCCAUACCACCCUGAACACGCCCGAUCUCGUCCGAUCUCGGAAGCUAAGCAGGGUCGGGCCUGGUUAGUACUUGGAUGGGAGACCGCCUGGGAAUACCAGGUGCUGUAAGCUUUUCUCUUCUUUUCUUGCAUCUUUUUGCCGUGUUCUCUCUCCAAGAGGCUAGGAUAUCGGUCUUUGGGGAGCCUGGUCUUUUGCUUGGACAAAUGCAAGUGCACUUGGAGAUUAGCCUGAACAUAAAAUGAAAGAAAAAGUCAAAAAGCACAAAGAGCGGGAGGACUGAGAUCUUGUCCUAAAGUGGAGCAAAGGAGUGGAGCAUGAUGGACUGCAGAGAUAGGCUGUAAAACUAAGCUUGACUGCGUAUCCGGGUGUUUUCUUGAGCGCCGCAUUGUUCACUGAAAGUGAAAUGCUGAUUCUAAUUGAGAGAAGCACACAGGAGCAUGUUCAAAUAGCUCAUUUGGAGCCUGUGUCAUCGCUUACGGCCAUACCACCCUGAACACGCCCGAUCUCGUCCGAUCUCGGAAGCUAAGCAGGGUCGGGCCUGGUUAGUACUUGGAUGGGAGACCGCCUGGGAAUACCAGGUGCUGUAAGCUUUUCUCUUCUUUUCUUGCAUCUUUUUGCCGUGUUCUCUCUCCAAGAGGCUAGGAUAUCGGUCUUUGGGGAGCCUGGUCUUUAGCUUGGACAAAUGCAAGUGCACUUGGAGAUUAGGCUGAACAUAAAAUGAAAGAAAAAGUCAAAAAGCACAAAGAGCGGGAGGACUGAGAUCUUGUCCUAAAGUGGAGCAAAGGAGUGGAGCAUGAUGGACUGCAGAGAUAGGCUGUAAAACUAAGCUUGACUGCGUAUCCGGGUGUUUUCUUGAGCGCCGCAUUGUUCACUGAAAGUGAAAUGCUGAUUCUAAUUGAGAGAAGCACACAGGAGCAUGUUCAAAUAGCUCAUUUGGAGCCUGUGUCAUCGCUUACGGCCAUACCACCCUGAACACGCCCGAUCUCGCCCGAUCUCGUCCGAUCUCGGAAGCUAAGCAGGGUCGGGCCUGGUUAGUACUUGGAUGGGAGACCGCCUGGGAAUACCAGGUGCUGUAAGCUUUUCUCUUCUUUUCUUGCAUCUUUUUGCCGUGUUCUCUCUCCAAGAGGCUAGGAUAUCGGUCUUUGGGGAGCCUGGUCUUUUGCUUGGACAAAUGCAAGUGCACUUGGAGAUUAGGCUGAACAUAAAAUGAAAGAAAAAGUCAAAAAAGCACAAAGAGCGGGAGGACUGAGAUCUUGUCAUGAAGCGGAGCAAAGGAGUGGAGCAUGAUGGACUGCAGAGAUAGGCUGUAAAACUAAGCUUGACUGCGUAUCCGGGUGUUUUCUUGAGCGACGCAUUGUUCAUUGAAAGUGAAAUGCUGAUUCUAAUUGAGAGAACCACACAGGAGCACGUUCAAAUAGCUCAUUUGGAGCCUGUGUCAUCGCUUACGGCCAUACCACCCUGAACACGCCCAUUUUUUUGGUGCAUGCACACGGUAGUUUUGAGUCAGAGAGAUUGUGAGGAAAGAAGUGAAAAAAGUUUUUUUAGGUAAGUUAGAUAUUUGAUCGUAAAUAGUGGUAGGUAUUUUGUAUCUUUUUUUGUUUUGUACCCCUGGCAGGGGUUUUCUACUGCCUGGGGGUGAGGAGUUUUUGAUCCUUUUUUUGUUGGGUGACGUGGCGUUCAGUGUGCUGCGGCACACAAACGCUGACUCACAAGAUGGACAACAUGGUAAAAGACACGGAAAACGGCAGAGAAAUUCCCACGGUUUCGACUACGGACAGUUUAAGAGAUGGAAAAAGGAAUAUGGAGAAAGAAAAGAAGAAUGACGAUCUACAAUUGAAUUAUAGAAAGGAGUUGACAGUGAUGCUGGAGCUGGAGGGACAAGAGAAAGUGACGGUGACGGAACUUCUGAGGGCGGUGAGGCUGGCGUGUGGAGCGGUGGUGGCAUGCAGAUAUGUCGGGGAGAGGAAAUACGAAGUCACGAUGAACCAUGGGAAAGGAAAAGAGAGACUGAUGGAGGGUCUAAAGAUUGGAGCUGUGAAUGUGUGGGCGAGGGAGCUUUCAAAUGACGAGCUGGUGGUCUCUUUUUUGAACCUGCCUGCUUACAUCCCGGACUCGGACAUUCAGAACAAACUACAAAUGUGGGGAGUUUCAGCUGUAUCCCCGAUAAAAAGGAGAAUGUGGCCCGGCACAAACAUCGCCGACGGUACAAGAUACUGUAAGGUAAAAUUCACAAAAGACAUCCAGUCACUGCCUUACUCGGCAAAAUUUAAUACUGCAACAGGUGCUGAAUUUUUUAGGGUCAUACAUGACAGACAGGUGAAAGUAUGCAGAUUAUGCAUACAACCGGGCCAUAUUUUCAGAGAAUGCCCAGAGUUUAUAUGUCAUAAAUGUGGGGAGCAGGGCCAUUACGCACGGGAGUGUGCAAACGCACCAGUCAAGUGCACAAUUUGUUUUAAUGACAUGGGGAGAUGCAUUUGCAGAAAUUCUGAGAGUGAGGGUGGGGAACAACAACAGUGCUCUCCCACUAACGAUGAUCACAUGAGUGGCGUCGAAAGUGAGGGAAACGGGGCAGAUGAGACGUGCGUAAUUGUGGCUGAAAGCUCUGUGGACAUGGAGGAGGAACUCCAGGCUCGUGGGUCCCAAAGUGAGGGUUUCGAGCCGAGUCCAAGCUCAAGAGCCGCACAGAAAAAUGUGCGAGGGAGGGAGACGGACGGGGCUCUGAGAGCGCGUGCUACGCCGGAGACCCCCGAAGCCCCUUCAGCCCUUGCAGAGGGAAUUGAGUUUCUGCCACCGCGAAAAAAAGCGGCAAAGACAGGCAGCAGAGCGCAGCCGGUGGGGCCGGGAAGGGAAAACCUCGGCCCGUGUGAAAAGCUGAAGCCCACAUCAUCUCUGACAGAAUCGGAAUCGGAUUUAGAUGGUAAAGUGGUGGAAAUUAGGAAGAAAAAGAAGGACAGGAAAAAACAUGGAGAAGGAAAAUUGAUUGACCUAGAUUGAGUCCAAAUUUCGACUUCUCAGAUUAAUAGGAAUGAUUUAUAGACCACUCUUCUCCUUUCUUAUAAUGUUCACAGCUAUCUCCCUAAACAUUAAUGGUCUCUGCUCCUCACAUAAAAUGGUCUCUUUUUUCAACUCAACUCAACAAGACAUUAUUUGUCUACAGGAAACCGGCUGGUCACCUCAAACCCUUCUUCAAAUACAAAAACUUUACUGUGGGAAGAUCUUUGUGGGGUUUGGGGUGGGGAAAGCAGGGGGGUAGCUGUUAUGAUAAAUAAUAACUUACUAGAACAUAGUAAAGAGAUUUAUAAAGACAAAAGAGGUAAAAUUUUAAUUAUAGAUAUCUUGUAUAGAAAUAAAACAUAUAGAAUUAUAAACUUUCAUGGUGAAAACAACGAAAGGGAGAGAUUAUUUCAACUCAAAGAAAUAGUAAAAUGGAUAAAUGAUAAUACAAUAAUAGUAGGGGAUUUCAACAUAGUGCUGAACAAAAUAGACUUAUCAUCAAACAAUAUAUUCAGAAAUGACACAAGCAGAACACAAUUACUAAAAAUAAUGCAAGAGCACAACCUGGUGGAUUUAUGGAGAAUUAACAAUACAAAUAGCACCCACUUCUCCAGAAAACAGACAGUACUAGGAAAACUAAAACAAUCAAGGAUUGAUCUUUUACUAGCUGCAAAAAACACUAUUCAAGAAAUUAACAAUAUACAGUAUAAACCUAAUGUAUGGAGUGAUCACGAUAUUUUACAAUGGGAACAAGGCAUAGAUAAUAAAACUAGAGGAGCUGGCAUAUGGUGUCUAAACUCCAGCAUCCUAAAUGACAAAGCUUUAAUAUAUAAAAUAAAAAAUUUAUUGGAAAACAUCAAAGCUAGAAACAGUUGAAAAAGAGAACAUAACCGAUUCAUGGGAUGACAUAAAAAACAGAAUAAAAAAAACCUGCAUAAACUACAGCAAGAGGAAAAAAUGGUUUGAAACCAGAGAAGAAAAAAAAUUAAAAAAAUUUUUAGCAGAUGAAACUGUACUGCUAAACACUGACAUACACAGAUCAUGUGAGCAAUAUGAAAUUUACAAAGAACAAUUAAGAAACAUAGAAAUAAAGAAGUGCAAAGGGGCAAUCAUUAGAAGCAAAGUGAAAUACACAACAGAAGGUGAAAAAUGCACUUCUUUUUUCUCGGCUUGGAAAAAAAGAAACAGAACAAAUCAUACAUCAAUCAACUAACAGACAAUAAAGGACAAACGCUGUUUGAAACUGAUGAAAUCUUAGACCAUACAUAUCAAUUUUACAAACAGCUUUUCUCCAAACAGAAGGACUUAAAAGAAAAAGAAAUACCGGAAUAUAUAAAAUGUAUAAAUAAAAAACUUGAAAGACAAGAUAAAGACUGGUGUGAUUCAGAAAUUACUGAAGAAGAAAUAAAAAACGCCAUACAGGCGCUAAACAAAAAUAAAAGUCCAGGUUCAGAUGGACUGACUGCAGAGUUCUAUGUGAAGUUCCAAGAGGAGCUUACACCGCUCCUGAAUAAACUUUACAGAGAUAUGUUGGAUAACAAAAGAGUGCCUGCAACGCUAACCGAAGGAAUAAUCUCGCUAAUUUUCAAAAAAGGUGACAAUAAACUUAUCAAAAAUUACCGCCCCAUCAGUCUACUGAAUACUGAUUACAAAAUCCUAACAAAAAUUCUAGCAAAUAGACUAAAACAGGUUUCGGGUUCCAUCAUAAAUAGUACACAAUCUUACAGCAUACCAGGAAGAGACAUCAGUGAUUCCAUAUUGACCAUAAAAGAAACAAUACAUAACAUGCAGAAAGACAAAGGGUUUCUGCUCAGUAUAGAUCUUGAAAAAGCGUUUGACAGAGUUGAUCACACUUUUCUUUUCAACAUUCUACAGGCUUUUGGUUUCGGUUCAAAAUUCAUCAACUGGAUAAAACUUCUUUACAAUAAUGCAAAAAGCUGUAUUAAGGUUAAUGGUUUCCUCACAGAAUUUUUCACAAUAAACAGAUCAGUUAGACAAGGUUGCCCACUAUCAGCACUACUCUAUUCAAUAGUAGCAGAACCCUUAGCUCUUCAUAUCCUACAGGACAAAGACAUUAAAGGAAUACCAACAGGUUACAACAGAACAACAAAAAUAACCCAGUAUGCAGACGACAUAAACAUCAUGGUUUUAGACAGCCAUAGUAUCGAUAAGGUUUUGAAACACAUUCAUGAUUACGAGAAGGUAGCUGGAGCGAAAAUGAACCUGGAAAAGAGCGAGAUUAUGUUUUGUGGAUCAAAUGUUGACAGCGUAAAUAAAUGGAACUUUGCAGAAGUAAACAAACCAAAAAGAAUCCUGGGUGUUUAUGUUGGGAAAAACGAAAAUGAAGCAACAAGAACCAACUGGGAAAUAGUGAUUACCAAAACAAAAAAUAUUCUCAAUCUCUGGAAAGCCAGAGGUUUAACACUAAAAGGAAGGGUAAUUGUAACAAAUGCACUAGUACUGUCCAAAAUCAACCAUAUAAUGGGGGUCUGUGAGUUGCCGCAUUGGGCGCUAAAUUCACUCAAUAGUGUAAUAUCCUCCUUUUUGUGGAGAGGAAAGGGAAAUCUGAUCGCUCACAGAGUGCUAAUUGCUAACAAAAGGGAGGGGGGUUUAGGGCAGAUUGAUAUUGGAGCCAAAAAAGAUGCGCUCAGGGCAAAAUUAAUUAGUAAAUUUCUAGAUCCAAACAGGCACUAUCCCUGGGAGGACGCGCUGGCAAGCCAAUUGUCCAACUUCGGGCUGAGGGACGUACGCAAUCUGUGUAUACUUCACCCGGAGAAGGUAGUUGGUGAGCUUAAGCCGUUCUACCGGGAGAUUGUUGAGGCAUGGGGCAAAUUACUGCCCCACCUCAUGCCGAUAUGCAGGAAUAAAGAGGAUGUGUUUCGAUUACCCUUCCUUAAAAACCCUUGUUUUUUGCAUAAGGGGAAAACAAUAACGAGUUCACACCUGAUGGAGGCUGGUCUGUUGUGGAUCAGAGAUAUAAUGGAUGAUGACUUUAGCGUCAAACUUGAUUUUAUUUUUGGUGUGCUAAAAAACAAAAAUAUUAAUUUCAGAAAAUGCAGCAUAAGGUCAAUUACGGAAAAAAUAAAAAAUACAGUAAUUCUGUUUUGGGAAAGAAUAAUGCAGACAAAAGACAUCUCGAUGCAGAACGAUGACUUGAAUUUCCUCCUGUGCCAAAACAAUAACCCGGUCCCAGUGCAAGAGAUUAAAACAAAAGCAUGGUACAAACUCCUCAUAGCCGAAAUCAAAAGAACUCCAACUACCGAAAAGAUCUGGGCUCAAAUCUUUCCGGGUUUUAACACCAAAUCAAUAUGGACCAGUGGGGGAGGUCUCUUCACUCCCCCAACGCUACAACAUCUAGAUUUCAAAAUUAAGCACAGGAGGAUUUUCACAGGCAUCGUUCUGCAUCAAAUCAACAAGGGAAAAUACGAAAGAAAAUGUAAAAAAUGCAAUGAACAGGAUGAAGAUUUGGAGCACCUCUUCUUGGAUUGUAGUCUUGUAAGAGCCUUCUACUCCACAAUACGGCGGACAAUACAGAGCGCCUGCAAUUUCCACUGUGGAAGUGACACGGAAUGGACUUUGCUUUUUUUAUUCGGACUAAAAGAAUUCUGCACAUCAGCAUACUCACAUCAUCAACACCAUCCUCAGCUACACAAGAUUUUCAGUCUGGACUGUCAGGAACUAUGCUUUAUACGAAAACCGGACUCUGUCACUGCUUCCUUUUUUCAAAACCCUAUUUCUGAACCAUCUGAAAAACUGCUUCUUCGCCAUCCCGGACACUUUCAAU